UAAGUUGUAAUGUGCAGUAUGUGAUAAUUACAAUAUAUUCUGUGUGUGUCUUUACUGUAUGCCACACGCAUCAAGGGAGACUAAGCUGUUUAUUGUUUAUUUAUGUACGUGAGUGACUGACCUUAUUAAUGAUGACCGUGGGGAUGGGUCAUCUUGACCUGCUAUAAAUAUAUAUUCCAGACUUGGUUAUUGGCUGUCUGUGGACUCAAUCAAUUUCAUCACUAACUGACCACUGGCAGUCAAUAACAAGGUGGUCAGUGGGCACUGUCAAUCAGGGAGGAUUAGAUAUUUUUGUGUCAAUAAGGUGUUUUCUUUGGAAGGAUUUUGUGUUUUGGGUGAAUCAUCUAGGAAUUAGUCUUCAUGUGCUCCGUGGUUUACAAACAUUAGAGUAAUAGAUGUGAACUUUGUGAACCGAAAUACUGUGGACAAAAGAUUGAAAUAAUUUGAAAGUUUUAUCUGUGCUGAAGUUAUGUACUUGUUUGCUUUUUUUUUAAUCACUGAGUAACAUUUUACAGUGUUUAUUCUCAUGUAGUCUAUUUUUGGAUUGAGUGGACGUUGGGAGUUUUUGAUUGGUCUUGCUGACAGGACAGCUUUUCUGACCAUGAUUACUUAACUUGAUUACUUGUGUUUUCGCUGGACUUCAAUGUAAUAAUACUGACUACAUCAUGACGGAACCUUUCACUCUUAAACGAUUGCUGAAGAGGAAGAACAUGGAGUCCGUGGACUUGGAUAUGGAUGACAUCUUCGAGGAGGAGGAAUUGCCCUCUGUAGGGCCCCUGCCGGAUCUUCCCCAGGACGAUGAGGGGUUAGAAAAUACACAGAAUGGAGAGGAAUAUGAGGAAAACAGUGCUGAGGUCUUGUCCAGACUGAAAGACUUGUCAAAAGGGGCUGCCAAAAAGGUGGUUCGCAGACCACAACCUAAAUUAGAUGCCAGCAGGUUGACUGGUGAGAGAGGAAUACCCAUUUUACCAAAGGUUUUUCAAGACGUCAAAUUCAAAGGAAAAGGACAUGAGGCUGGGGACCUACAAAUCAUCAUGCGAUACUUGGAACAUUGGGCUCACAGACUGUUUCCUAAAAUGCCUUUUGAUGAAGUACUAGAAAGAAUAGAGAAGUUGGGGACAAAGAAUGAAGUAAAGACUUGUAUUAAGAGAAUGCGUCUCGACAUGCCGAUUCUAAAUGACGACUUUGUGAGAGAUGGCAGUGACAAUGAGGAGGAAUCCGGUCAGAUAUCAGAGAACAUUGACGUUGAUGCUGAGGAAGCCUGGGAGGAGAUGAUAGCUGAGGAGAAAAAGAAGCAUUCCUCGCAGCAGAAUGGAGCAAGUCCUCCCUCCCAAUCCUCUCAGGAGACCCCCCAGGGUGGGAUGUUAGCAGCACAGCUCUCUCAGCCCCUUUCAUCCACCCCUUCCACAUCAGGCAGCUCUACUAUGGGAAACAGCAGGGCUGGGGUAUCCCAGGGUCUUACUCCAGAGCAGAGGGAUAGAUUAGAGAAGAAUCGCAUGUUGGCAAUGGAGAGAAGAGCUAAUAAGCAGGGAGGACAUGUGUUUAAGACUCCAGCCAUUCCAAAGUCACCAGCACGUCGUCUAGUCUCCCAUACUGUGUCUAGUCCUUCACAAGCGUCCCCCUCCAUCUUACAGUCACCCCCUAAAAUGUGUAGCCAUGGUACCAUUCCCAUAAAUAACCCCCAUAAUCAACCCACCUUCCACAGCUUGGUCACUGCCAACAGUUCUCAGGACACAUGUACGCUUGUGAAUUCCUCAGGCAGCAAUAUUGCAAAUGGCAGUCUUCAAAAUGAUCCAAUCAGAGGGUCUGUAACAACUCAGGACAGUGACAUGAGUGAAGUGAUACCAUUCGUCAGUGUUAAUAAAAUUCUAGACAAUCAGUCAGACAGCUCAGACAUGAGCCAGACCAUUCCACUUUUGAAAAGUCCACCAAAGAAGUGCGGAGAACUGAAUUCAUCCUCUAGCGAUCACAUGUCAGAAGAAGAGCUCCUUCUCCAUCUCUCAGAGAGUGAGUAAUAGCACUCACUGUGAAGUGGUGAAAAUAGCAAAAGUAAACUGAUUGUAUAUGAAAUCACAGGGGAAGAUUUUAUGUUGUUGGGUUUGAUUUGACUUGCAGGGUACAUUGUACACAUUUAUGUUUACUUUUUAACUGAUUUAUAUAUCGUAUUAUUAGGACUGUCACUGCAUGAAAUACAUAUCUGUGUAGAUUUUCAUUUGAUAUGUUGUGUGUUCAGAUAUUUUAUUCUCAUGUUGCAUCGUAGUCUAGGGACAGUGUACUCUGUAAAUAUUCAAUAGUUAACUCCCCAGUCUUAGUGAUUGUGUAUGUAUUUAUCCAUGUAUUUAUACUAUUGCUGUAGAUUCCUCAUUUUACACGAGUACUUAAUAUGGUGAAAUAUGGUAUACUACAAAUCGCGUGAACAUGAAUUCAUUUGUGGUCUUUUUAAUCAAGAAUUCUUACAUAUAAUUUAGCAACAGAAAAUUUAAAGCAAGUAAUCUUAUUUUGCGAGUGAUGCCUCUCGUAAAAUUACGCGAUGAUAAAUUGCUCGCGUGUAUUUUGGAAUCUACAGUAUAUCAGAGAAUGGCGCACCACAUCAAAGAGGAUUCUAUGACAAGUUUCUCUUUCUCUGGAGGAUAAAAUUAUUACCAUGUACUUCACGCAGUUGUCUUUAUUUUGCAUUUAAACAAAUAUGCACAUGUACAGAGCGAGAUUUUAAAAAUAAUGUGUAGAUGAUAGUGGAAUCACACCAUGAGAGUUGUGAAGUAGAGAAUGUCACAAAGGACUGUUUAUGAUAACAGCCUGUCGGAGCCUUUGUAAAACUCAAAUAACGUGCGAGAACUGGAAAGAUAAAUCUAUGCUAUAGAUACAUUUAAUUUUUUCCAAGCCUGUUCUUGGAUGUUUUCUAGAAGAAAACUGCAUGAAAAUAACUAUUUUUUGUCCAAAUACUGAAAAUGGCAGCAAAACAUUGCUUAAGUCUGGUUCUACAUCAAUUUGAUCAAAUUGUGAAUAACAAUUUUAAAAGCUGCAUUAGGUUUCUUGCAUAACAUACAUUUAAUUUGGAAAUAAAAGCAUGCAAGUCAAUUUUGGUGAGCAAACAGAUCACUUGUCAUACAUAUGCCAUUCAUUUUUUAUAGACGAUAAAUUAUGUGAUGUUAUGACUUAUGACAAAACAUGUUGCAAUUCAUCCAUUUUGUGGGGGAGUUGAAUAUUUAUGUAACAAUGUAGGCUGGUCACAACAUUGUGAUAUUUGUUUACUAUACAAUUAUGAUCUGGUCAUUGUAUCAUUUCAUUAAAUCUUCUAUGGAAAUCUAGCUGAAUAAA